AUGAUAAAUGAUAAUUCUGAUUAUGAAUUUAUAUUCACAGCAGCAGAUGCUAGAAGACAACAAAGACGAACAGGUGCAAGAAGUUAUUCAUCAUUAUCAUGGUCACAAAUAUUUAAUCCAUCAUCAUAUUAUAAUAGAAAUGAUAUAAAUUCUAAUGGAAGAAGAAGUGGAUUUAAUAAUAUUGACUUGACAAAUACAAAUAAUACCCCCUCGAGUCCUUUUAUGGAUAAUAAUCAUCAAUCGAUUGAACAAACAUCUCCUACUGUUCAACCACCAAGUUAUGAAGAAGCUAUUCAACGAUCAUUAAAUCCUUCUACUGUUAACAUCGCACCUUUGGCUCGAUCUACUAUCAAUUACCAACCGUUAAAUCGAGUUGUGAUCUCGGAUGAUGAAUCACAACCUUUACUCUCUAAUUCUGAACAUGACAUUCGUGAAGAACCUAAUCAUGUAGAUGUGAUUGCUAGCACAUCUCAUGAUCAUGAUAACCAUAAUAAUAAAUUAAUGGACGUAAUUUCUGAAGAAGAAAUACAAAAUUAUAAUAAUUCGAUUUUAGGGGGACCUUCUUCCUCUUCCUCUUCUUUAGGUGUACCUUUAGCUAAUUUAUCCUCAUCAAAUGAAAGAUCAAUUCCACAAGUGUUUGGAGUUUAUGGUGAGAAUGAUGGAAUUCCUCCCCCACCAGAAUAUACUUUAUCUGAUGCAACUUAUGAAAGGAAUAUUAACGGGAUUACAAGUCAUGAUCCUAAAUUAAAUAGCGAACCCGAGUCUUUAUUAAGAUUUUUUAUGGGGCAUAAUGAUAAACCUGAAAUGGCUAUCAAAAUUCACGGGUAUCAUAUGGAAACUCAAGACGAUAGUUACACGAGUAGGGAUUCUGAUGGUAACACGACAGUUCAUUAUCAAACAAGAACUGUUGAAGUGACGGAUUUUAAUUUUACUUUUGAUUUAACUGAACAUAUUUCAAUUAAUGGCAUAAUUCAUACCAUACCAAAUAAAAAUAAUAAACGAAAAGACGUUAUGGAACUAUUAAAUGAAUAUGUUAAACAUGGUAAUCGGUUAAAAAAUAUUGAAAUGAAAAAGGUUGUAAUUUGGGAUUAUGAAUCAUUAACAAAAGCGAUAUCAACAGUCAUAAGACAGCAAGGUUAUCGCAACGAUUUACGCAUAACGUUUCCGUUACGUAAUCAUAUUAUACGCGUAGAAUCUGACCAUAAAUUUGCUAGAAAUAGUUUUAAAAAUCAAAUUAGAAGUAAUUUUUUUAUGCAUGUUAGCGAAAGAGAUUGGUUUGAUAGAAAUGUAGAUUCUAUUGUCGCUAAUGUUAGAUGGUUAUAA